CGCAGGGUGAAGGAUAGUUCAGGACAGAGGAGCCAAGUUCAAGUUCAUUCAUAGGACAGGUGCCUCUUUUGCUCAGGGCCCAGGAAUAAAGACCUGCCAGGCUCAGAUGGCAGAGGGGAGGCUGGCUGUCCUAGGGGAUGACCACCGGUGGGGUUGACACAGAGAGACAGGAGCACAGGCUGCCCCCAGAAGGCUGGCCCCCAGAGGCAUCCACUGAGGACCCCAGUUGUGCUGCUCAAGCUGGGCGACUGCCAAGCUUAGCAACCCAGCUGACAAGAGCCCGCCCUCCCUCAGGGUCCCCGGAGAGCUGGUGCCUCCCCUGGGUCCCAAUUUGCAUGGCAGGAAGGGGCCUGGUGAGGAAGAGGCAAGGAGGGGAUAGGCUGCAGCCGGUGCAGUUACACGUUUUCCCCCAAGCAGCCUCGGACGUUGUCAGGGGCUUGGGGUUGGGGACGGAGUGGUGACUAUGGCUGGGCUGGUGUUGUCUCCUGUGCCCAGCCUCUGGCUGGUGGUGGUGCUGCUGCUGCUCUCAGCAGCUGAGCCGGUGCCAGCAGCCAGAUUAGAUGAACUGAACACGAAUCCCAAAGGUAGUCCUUGCUCUCAGAUCUGGCAGCACCCACGUUUCAUAGCCAGGAAACGGGGCUUCACAGUGAAAAUACAGUGCUAUACGGACGGCACCUCCAGCAUCGUGAGCUGGCUCCGGAAGCAGAAGAUGGAUGAGGAGCCCCAGCAGGUGAACCUGGAACAGGGCCACAUGCAUCAGACCCAGAACGGCUCUGUCACUACCCUCACCAUCCAAGACAUUCGGUUUGAGGACAACGGCAUCUACUUCUGCCAGCAGGAGUGCAAAAACCCCUUGGAGGUUUACCUGGGCUGCGGCACGGAGCUGCGAGUCAUGGGGUUCAGCACCUUGGAACAGCUGAAGCGGAGGAACACGCUGAAGGACAGCAUCAUUAUGAUCCAGACGCUGCUGAUCAUCCUCUUCAUCAUCGUGCCCAUCUUCCUGCUGCUGGACAAGGAUGACAGCAAGGCUGGCAUGGAAGAAGAUCACACCUAUGAGGGCCUGAACAUUGACCAGACGGCCACCUACGAGGACAUAGUGACGCUGCGGACUGGGGAAGUGAAGUGGUCUGUGGGUGAGCACCCAGGCCAGGAGUGAGAGCCAGGCCCUCCCCAUGCCCUGCACGUAGGCUCCCCAGCCUCAGUGACUGCUUUGGGGCUUCCUGGCUCAUGGCCCAGCCCCCUUCCCAGACCCCCAGCCAGCCUCUGAAGCUGGUCCACCAGAGCUGCCACUCAUCUCCAGGUCCUGGUCCCCAGCUCUUGCCAAAGGGCCUGGAGUAGAAGGACGACAGGGCAGCGACCUGGAGGGAGUUCUCUGGGGAUGGAUGGGACCCAGCCUCCUGGGGGUGCUAUGAGGGUAUCUGUCCCCAUGCAUGGGAUAGGGGAGGCAGAGACUGAUCCAGAACCCGAAAAUGGACUCGGAGCCAAGGGACUCCCAGCAGAGCUUGGGAAGAGCCAUGGACCCAACUGGGCCCCAGAAGAGCCACGGGAACAUUAUUCCUGUCCCGCAACUGCUUCCACCCGAGGGGGCGCCCCAGCCUCAAGCCCCUUUCCCCACGGAAUAAACAAUGUGUCCUGAGUAACCACA